AUGGCUACUGAAACAUACCAAUCCACCUACGACAUCUUCGCCCAUUAUGGCAGGAACUUGAUCAACGAACAUAUCAAAGCUCGCAAGAAGCAGAUCCACGACAUCAAGCAUCGCUUGAUUGCGCUUCCUCGCGACGGUUCUCCUCUUCCGGCUUCCAAGGUCUCUUCAGACGCAACUCGGGAAGACUUGAAGGUUGGAAUCCUCGGCGCCGGUGUCGGUGGUUUGUACGCUGCAUUGAUCCUGGACUCCCUCGACAUCAAGUACGAGAUCAUUGAGGCCUCUGAACGUACCGGUGGCCGCCUUUACACCCACAGAUUCAAAAAAGAAGACGGUAGCGAAGGGGACAAAUAUGACUACUAUGAUGUGGGAGCAAUGCGUUUCCCGGAUACAGUCAUUAUGACUCGUCUAUUCCAUCUCUUCCGAUACGGACCCCUAAAUACUGGCGACUUCCAGCUUGCCAGCAAACUCAAGGAUUAUCAUUUCAAAGACACCAAAGGCAACAACCUUCUAUACUACAACGAUGUCCGUAAACGCCGAAACUCUAAACCCUCGGGUGACGACUUUCUGUGGUCUGAUCUGGGUGUCGGUCACGACUACCUAAAAGCCGGCGUCGAAGAUAUCAUGCAGGAUGUCAUCACUCCCUUUUCUAACGAGCUUGUACGAGACCUCGAUACGGGAAGCACCAAGGGCUGGGAUCAGCUGAUGGAAUUUGAUGCCUAUUCGACGCGGGCGUACAUGUCCACCAAAUACAUCCCAAGCCCUAAUUUGGGCCUUCCGCCCCAUAGCCCGUCUACUGCGGUCGUCAACUGGUGUGAGACUUUCGACAAGUCGACAGGCUGGUAUGAUCGGUCACUAGCGGAGACGGUGCUCGAAGACAUGGCCUUCGGUCUUCCAGGCCCCUGGAAGUUGAUCGAUGGCGGUUCUCAAACUCUCGCAACACUUAUGGAAGAUUAUUUGAAGACCCGCCCCUCCGGCUCAAUUGCUUUCAACUCGCGAGUAACUAGGGUCGCUGCGGGGGACAACGAAAUGCAUGUCUACGUUAAUGGCCAGCCCAACGCCAAAACCUAUCCACAUGUCAUUUCGACUCUACCACUUCCAUGCUUACGCGCCCUCGACCUCUCGCAGUGUCGCCUCACUCGUCGCCAAUCCAACGCUCUACGCCAAUUGACAUACGGUCCGUCUAUCAAGAUUGGCAUUAAGUUCAAAACGGCAUGGUGGUCGACGGCUAAAGACAAAGACGGCAACCCGCUGGACAUUGUUGGUGGGCAGUCAACCACUGACAGACCCGUUCGCACCAUCGUCUAUCCGUCAUACGGCCUCCCAGACACCCCAAGCACCGUCCUGAUCGCAAGCUAUUGCUGGACGAACGAUGCUGAGCGCCUCGGCGCCCUCAUUGGUACGGGGAAAGACACGUACAACGACCAACUCAAGGAACUCGUUCUUCGCGAUCUCGCCGUCGUACACAACCUCGAUAUUAGCUUCUUCGAUGGAGAGUUCCUUGAGAUGUAUCCUUGGGACUGGAGCCACGACCCUUUGACAAUGGGUGCUUUCGCGUUCUUUGGACCAGGCAUGUUCUCUGAGGUGUAUAAAUAUCUGACUAUCCCUACACCAAACGGCCGUUUCCACUUUGCUGGAGAGGCGCUGAGCGUUCGACACGCAUGGGUCGUUGGUGCCCUCGAUAGUGCUUGGCGUGCGGUCAAGGAGAUUUUGGUUCUGGUAUAUGGGAUUGAAAGCGAGCAGUAUAAGAAGUUCAUCCAAAUUUGGGGCAAUAACGAAGAGUGGACCACGCGAAAGGUGACAAGAGGUACAUUAUUUUUCUCUACGCCUGUGGAGUCGAACGAGGACAUGUUGUUAGACCACCUGAAGUUAGAUGCCCCCCAUCUCUUUGACUAG